AUGCUUUACCGCUUCUUGCAUCUGACUUUUUUCACCACACAUUGUCAUCCCAAACCACUCACACUUCAUCAACAACCACCAUUCAAGAUGACAAUGGGUCCAGAAUCAGACCUUAUAGGAAACCUUCGUGACUACGUAGCUCCAGCUUAUCGCGGCGGCAAGACCUCAGUAUGGCAUAGACUUCCCAUAACAAGAAGAUCAGCAGUGUUUAUUUUACUCUUUUUGGGAAAUAUGGGAGAGCUUCGAGUCCUUCUAACCAAGAGAUCAUCCAAACUAAGAAACUUCCCAGGUCAUGUGGCAUUACCAGGUGGUAAAGCAGACAAUGGACUUGAAUCGGAAUGGAUGGUGAGUCGAAGAGAAAUGCAUGAAGAAAUUGGUUUGUCAUCAAAUGACGAUGCUUUGGCGAAAUUGGGAAUCAGUAUAGAGCAUAUCACGUUAUUACCAAGCUAUCUAUCUCGUACAUUUUCAUGUGUUAGACCAUGUGUUGGGUUUAUGAAGUUUAGCAACGAGGGUGACGUCGAAGCUACAAUUGCAUCAAAAUUGAAUCUUGUUUUAAACCCGGGGGAGAGCUCUUCAAUAUUUUCAUGUCCGUUAAAAGAUUUCUUAUAUCCCGCGGUUGAUGAACCGGCAAGAGAAGCGUUGGAAAGAGUUUCAUACCAUAUGAAAUGGGGCGGUAUACCCUGGUCCUUGAGAUCAUACACAUUUUUGCAAAACAAUCCUAAUGAAGUUGAAUGGUUGAAACAUAUUAAAGAUCUAUCAGCACUGGAAGAUGAAGAGUUGGGGGAAGAGUUGGACAUGUCCGACAAGGGUAGGAUAACACCCCCAGAUGCUACUCCUUUGAGGUCCAUUUCGCCCUCCAGAUCUAGAUCACCCACAAGAAGUACCUCACUACAACCAAAGGAUAGGAAGAAGAAUAAGGAUUUAUCAUCUUGGGGAAGACUUGGAUCUCGUACAGAUGAAGAGACAAACGAGAAAAUAUACGACGUUUGGGGACUCACGGCCAACAUCCUUCAUGACUUGAGCGAGAUUGUUUAUACGAGAGACAGAAUUGGAAAAAGACAAAUUGGAGAAGAAGAAAUGAUCUAUUGUCUUCAUGAAUUUGGUCAUCUCAUGCAACAAAAGGAAAGAAGUGAUGCUGAAGUUAAAUUGAUCCAUUCAUCAAAUACACCUGCUUCUGGUGAGUCCGAGUUUGGAUUUAAUCUGAUCCUACCCCCAGAGGAAUUCAAUAGAUUAAAAAAUUGUAUAAAUUAUAAGACAUAG